GACUAUGUUAUUGGGGGUGUUUUCUCCAUACACUCCUACAUGCAUACAGUGAAGCACAACUACACCACCAUGCCUGAGCCACUAAGGUGCACAGGGAGGUGAAGUGUUUGCAGCAUUGUCUCCCGUGAACUUCGCUUCUCACGUGCAAUGGUUUUCGCCAUUGAGGAGAUUAACAACAGCACAGAGCUGCUUCCUGGCAUCAAGCUCGGUUAUCAGAUCUACGACUCAUGUGGCUCAGUAUCUGUGACUGUGCAUGUGGCAUUCCAGCUUUCAAGUGGUCUGGACCCAGUGUUUUACACCAGUAACAAUUGCUCACAGUCUGGUAUGGUGAUGGCUGUCGUUGGUGAGUCUGGGUCCACACCAUCCAUCAGUAUGUCACGCAUCAUUGGGUCCUUUAACAUUCCUCAAGUGAGCCACUUUGCCACUUGUGCAUGUCUGUCAGAUAAGCAGCAGUACCCGACUUUCUUCAGGACAAUCCCGAGUGACCAGUUUCAGGCUGACGCUCUGGCCAAGCUGGUAAAACACUUUGGCUGGACAUGGAUAGGUGCUGUCAGGUCAGAUUCAGACUAUGGCAAUAAUGGCAUGGCAUCUUUCCUGGACGCAGCACACAAAGAGGGAAUCUGUGUGGAAUACUCUGAAUCUUUCUAUCGGACCCACCCACGCAGCAGGAUCCAGAGAGUGGCUGAUGUUAUCCGUGCAGCCAAAGACGAGACUGUGUGUGAUGGAACUGAAGACAUACAGAUGAUCCAGAGCCCGUACACUGACACAUCUCAGCUGCGAAUCACUAACAUGGUGUACAAGGCUGUUUAUGCAAUAGCUCAUGCCAUUCAUAAUGCAGUGUGUCAGGAAACUAAUUCUACAACUCAGUGUGACAAAUUCACCAAGACAGAGCCCAAAGAGGUUCUCACACAGCUGAAGGAAGUAAAUUUUUCCCAAAAUGGUUAUGAUGUGUCAUUUGAUGCCAACGGGGAUCCUGUGGCCAAAUACGAGCUGGUUAACUGGCAAAAAACUGAGAGUGGCAGAAUUGAGUUGGUGACAGUAGGACACUAUGAUGCAUCACUGCCAGCGGGCCAGGAGUUCAGUAUCAACAGGAAGCUCACCUGGGUGGAAGGUGGCACACAAGUGCCUGUGUCAGUGUGCACUGACAGCUGUCCUCCAGGAUCACGUAAAGUGCUGCAGAAAGGAAAACCCAUGUGCUGUUAUGAUUGUAUACCAUGUCGAGGAGAGAUUAGCAAUGCUACAGAUUCCCGUGAUUGUUUCCCUUGUCCCAAGGAGUUCUGGCCUAAUGCAGAGAGAGACACUUGUCUCCCCAAGCCUGUAGAGUUUCUUUCCUUCAACGAGGUCCUAGGAAUCAUCCUGGCUGUGUUCUCAGUUGGUGGCGCCUGUCUUACCAUUAUAACAGCAGCUGUGUUCUAUCAUCACAGGACAUCCCCGAUUGUCAGGGCCAACAACUCUGAGCUGAGCUUCCUGCUGCUCUUCUCUCUGACUCUCUGUUUCUUAUGUCCAUUAACUUUCAUUGGACCACCCUCUGAGUGGUCCUGCAUGCUGCGCCACACAGCAUUUGGGAUCACCUUUGUCCUCUGUGUGUCUUGUGUUCUCGGAAAAACAAUUGUAGUGUUAAUGGCCUUCAAAGCUACACUCCCAGGCAGUAAUGUGAUGAAAUGGUUUGGUCCUCCACAGCAAAGAAUGACUGUAGUAUUUCUCACAUUCAUUCAAGUUUUAAUAUGUACUAUAUGGUUGGUUCUUAGUCCCCCUUUUCCAAUGAAAAACCUCACCACAUACAAAGAAAGAAUCAUCCUGGAGUGUGCAUUAGGCUCAGCUAUAGGGUUCUGGGCUGUGCUUGGAUACAUAGGCCUACUGGCUGUCUUUUGCUUUGUGUUAGCUGUCCUAGCCCGGAAACUACCUGAUAAUUUUAAUGAAGCCAAACUUAUCACCUUCAGCAUGUUGAUAUUCUGUGCAGUCUGGAUCACCUUUAUCCCAGCAUAUGUCAGCUCUCCUGGGAAGUUUACUGUGGCUGUGGAGAUAUUUGCUAUUCUGGCCUCCAGUUUUGGACUAAUACUGUGUAUAUUUGCUCCAAAGUGUUUCAUCAUAUUGUUUCAGCCAGAGAAGAACACCAAGAAACAUUUAAUGAAUAAAAAUUAG